AUGGCAGCCAUCGAGAGUUUCGACAGCAUCUACCUGGACCUCUCCAAGGAGAGCGGCAAGUGCAGAUUCGCCGAGAGCGGUCUCGGAUGGAAGCCUGCUGGUGGCGGCGACACCUUCACCCUCGACCACAGCAACAUCGCCUCAGCGCAUUGGAGCCGAGCUGCCAAGGGCUACGAGAUCAAGAUCCUCAACCGCGAUUCGCGCAUCAUUCAACUGGAUGGCUUCCAACAAGAGGACUACGAGCGCUUGAGCAAGAUCUUCAAGAGCUGGUACAGUACCAAUCUUGAGAAUAAGGAGCACUCCCUCAGAGGUUGGAACUGGGGCAAGGCCGAUUUCGGGAAGGCCGAGCUGGCAUUCCACGUCCAGAACCGUCCCGCCUUCGAAAUUCCUUAUUCAGAGAUCUCAAAUACCAACUUGGCUGGUCGCAACGAAGUCGCUGUCGAAUUCUCUGCCCCAACGGACAAGAAUGACACCGGCACCAACGGUGCCCUGGGCGGUGCACGCGGCAAGGGCAAGAAGGCUGGUGCCGGCAAGGAUCAGCUCGUGGAGAUGAGAUUCUAUAUCCCUGGAACUGUCAAGAAGGAGGCCGACGGCGAAGACGGCGCUAGUGAUGCCGGCGAGGAAGAGAAGAACGCUGUCGCUCUGUUCUAUGACACCCUUAUGGAGAAGGCCGAGAUUGGCGAGACUGCUGGUGAUACUAUCGCCACCUUCUUGGACAUUCUGCACCUUACCCCCAGAGGACGUUUCGACAUCGAUAUGUACGAUGCUUCUUUCCGCCUGCGUGGUAAAACCUACGACUACAAGAUUCAAUACGAUGCCAUUAAGAAGUUCAUGGUUCUGCCCAAGCCCGACGAGACACACGUUCUCCUGGUCAUUGGCUUGGACCCGCCUCUUCGUCAGGGUCAGACGAGAUACCCCUUCAUCGUCAUGCAGUUCAAGAAGGAUGAGGAGGUCACUAUUGAUCUCAAUCUCACCGAGGAGCAAAUAGACGAGCGCUACAAGGACCGUUUGCAGCCUCACUACGAGCAGCCUCUUCACCAAGUCAUCACCUACAUCUUCAGAGGAUUGGCCAACAAGAAGGUCACCACACCUGCGAAGGACUUCCAGACGCACCGACAACAAUUCGGUAUCAAGUGCUCCAUCAAGGCCAGCGAAGGUUUCCUGUACUGCUUGGAGAAGGCGUUUAUGUUCGUGCCGAAGCCUGCGACGUACAUUGCGUACGAGCAGACUGCUUCCGUCACAUUCUCUCGAGUCGGCGGCGCCGUUUCGGCGCUCUCCACGUUCGAUAUCACCGUUCAGAUGAAGAAUGGUGCUGGCUCAUCUCAGUUUAGCAACAUCAAUCGCGAGGAUCUUAAGGGGCUCGAGGAAUUUUUCAGACUAAAGGGCCUGCGUGUCAAGAACGAGAUCGACGAGGACGCCAAGCUUUUGGCCACUGCUCUCCGCGAUCAGGCAAUGGACGACUCUGAAGAGGAGGUCGUCGGACCGAAAGCGGAUCGCGGCUCGGCUGACGAAGACGAAGAGAGCGUUGAUGAGGACUUCCGCGCUGAGAGUGAGAGUGACGUUGCCGAGGAGUUCGACAGUGAACACGAGAGCUCGGGCUCUGGAAGCGCAGAGAGCGACGUUGACGACGAUGACGCUGACGACGCCGAGGAGGAGGAGGAGAAGGAGGAACAAGAAGAGAGGCCCAAGAAGAAGAAGAAGACUGGUUGA